AUUCCCAAAGCCUGAGAGUUUCUUCCCUAAUUCCAAAGACUCCAGAGUCCUUUUUUGUCAAACAUUAUUGAGAAAAGUACAAUAAAACUUUCCACUUCACUGAAGUUAUUACUAACAGGCAGGUGGGAACUGCUCACAUUAAAGAGCAUGCAGGGUUAUUGCUGAGCUGGAUUUGAUUUUCUUAUUAGCGAGGCAGCAAACAACAACAAAAAAUAGAUCUUGCAGUGUGAGUGCAGGAGAUGGUGCUCGCUUUGAGCCAGGCUCAAAGCAAGCAGCAGGAAGAGCCACGUCACACUGCCAAACCAGCAACUGCAAUUUGCACUUCUGCAGGCGAGCCCUCACCUGCAGGACAAAGCAACUACCCACUGAAGUGUGCAGUAGGAACACCAGCUACACAUUGCACAUCUUCACAGAACAGCAACCCUUCAUUUUCCACAGGGCCAGGUGCAGGCAGGAACUCAAGGCCUGAGCAGAAGGGAGCCUCACAAUGUCAGAGCCCUGAUGGCACCCCCAAUCCACCACUCAUACCCUGCAGACAUUCUCAACAAUGACACUGCCAUUAUUAUUAUCUUCCAAUGAGCUAUGGACCUGCUGGGAUUUUACAGCAUGUACCUUGUAAAAUUGCACUGCACUCAGUACUGCUGCAAUUCCCAUGGGCUUUCCAAUUUCAUUUUUAGUAAAUUGAUUGAUAAAAAUGGGCACAGAUAAGAAAGUGCUUGACUGCAUACUAUUUAAAAACUUCCACUGAUGCAGCACAUUAAUUCUCUGCAUGAUUCACAUGCAACAACUACUCUACAGCAGCAUUAAUGCUCCUCUCAGUAAAAGCAUUCCUAUGAUGCUUUCUUUUAAAAAGGGCAUGCCCAGGCGCUGAGUACACAACACGUGCAUGGGAAAAAGAAGGGAGCCAGCCCUGGGAGUCAAAAAAAGGCUGACUAAGACAAGACCAACACUGAGCACACAGCUGAGCAAUACGGCUUUGUCAGGGGAUACAACUCCCUUGCAAUUCCCAGAGCUCCUGCUAACUUCAAACUCAGAUCACCAUCUCGUGACAAGGGUCUGUCAUUUGAAGGAGGAAGAAAUGCAAACCAUGUAGCACACAUCAGCCUAGAAUAAUCAUUAACAAUAAAGACAAAUGUGAUGAUGUCCAUCAGUCUGCUCUGCAGUGCUGCUGACAGCCUCAGACAGAAAGACAGAAACUACAUCUGAGAAUAAGGGGUCUUGGAGCUUGUACGCAGCCUUGAUUAUGCUCCUGGAAAGCAAAUCUUGCCCUGCUUUUAUGUUGUAUACACAGGUGCCUGGAGAGCAGCCUAAAAGCCCAGGCUUUUGUCCUCAACUCUCUCAGGCCACCUCCAUAGCUUUUGUUUUACACAGCGUGGCCUGGCACCCCUACUGUGACCAAGCUCAACGCUCAUUACAGCACCGACUAUAAACGUGACCUAUUUCUUAUGUUUGAGUGUCAACAUCUUGGACCUCUGCCUCUCCAGGGGGCAUGCACUGGGUCAGGGUCUCACACGGCUGCCACUACAAAUCUAAAGGUUGGGUGUUGCACAGAGGCAGCUAAAUAAAUAAAUAAAUAAAGUUGUAAGUUGAACAGCACCUUGAAUGCAGGUGCAUGAAUGCAUAAAGAAGCUAAAAAUCACUUUAUCAGCUGCCAAGCAGCUUGAGAGCUGUUUGCAACCUAUUGCCACCAACCGCUUCUCUGAGGUACGGAAUGAAACAGCAUAGGAAAUAAGAGGGCUCCUUGAGUCCUUGGGAACACACUCCUAAGCUCCACACAACUGUUCUGAUGCACUGCUCCAGUGCAAAGUCACUCCAGAUUCCAAAGGAGAGGAAAAGUUACUGGACUGAGUCACUCUCCACAUCACAACAGGGCGUUGUGCUGCAUGUCUGCCUGCUUGGGAGCAACCACAUUCUUAGCAGUAUGAAUUACUCAGAGACAUUCACUAUCUGUUAUUGACGGUCAUAAAGUGAAAAAUGUAACAACCGCCAUAGUUAUCUGCAACUUGCAUUAACGGAUUAUACAGUUAAACGUGGACAAUAACACAGAGUGUUUAUCAGAAGGUUUCUUGGAGCUCAUCAUUUUAGAAUUGAAGGGAACAAGUAAAACUACCUGCUUAUCAGGGCAACUAGAAAAAAAAAAUGACGUAUUUUAAAGACUCAAAUAACCCUCCUCCUGGUCUGAAAGCGCUUUGCAUAACCUUGCGUCAUUUAGGGCAGACUUAAGACACAGACAGCUUGCGCAGACAGCGUCGUACCCUACACGCUGGGCACACACGGUUCCUCAGUCCCCCACACUACAGCUCGCAUUCAUCCAAGUCUAGCACGGCCUUUUGUGAUACGGCACUUCCCAAAAACCACUGACUGCAUCCUUCCCGGCGUACGGAGGCUCAGAGACAGUCCUGUCUGCAGGUGACGAGGCAGCGCCGGGGGGGAGGGGAUCUGCCACAGCAGUGCCUCUCAGCAGGACCUGGACGAGGAACAGGGGGCUGCGAGCCUCUCUCCAGCUGCCGAAUCACAGGGGCUCACACACCCGCGGUGGCGGCAGUUAAAGCCGGAACCUCCCGCCCCUCCUCCACUAACGCUCUCCCCCAUAGCGCCCGCCUGAGGUGGGGAGUGCGCUGCGCCUGCGCAUGCCGAGCAACAGCGACCUCAUUGCGCCUGCGCGGCCUCGCCAACAGAGGGGGAGGGGACCGCGCGCUCCCGUUCUUGCCCCGUGCUCGGCCCGGGGGGAAAAUGGCGAGCCUGAUUCCCGCGGCGACCUCAUCACCCGCCGGCGCUCCUUCCCGUAGCAAGAAGCGCCCGGCAAGCCCGGGCACCGGCAGCGGUCCGGCUAAGAAAAAGAAAGUGGCAGCGUCGAGCGGCUCGCAGAGUGCAGGUGGAGAGGUCAUGAACGAAAAUAAAUUUCUGAACACGGACUCCAGCACAGGAUCAGUGGAAACAGCCGUCAAGCCAUUACCAUUUAAAGAUCCAAACUUCAUUCACUCCAGCAUUGGUGGAGCAGCAGCUGGCAAGAAGAACAGAACUUGGAAGAACCUAAAACAAAUUCUUGCUUCUGAAAGGGCAUUGCCAUGGCAACUAAAUGAUCCUAGCUAUUUUAAUAUCGACGCUCCUCCAUCCUUUAAGCCUGCAAAGAAAUAUUCAGACAUCUCAGGACUUCCAGCAAAUUACACAGAUCCCCAGAGCAAGCUGAGAUUUAGUACUAUUGAAGAAUUUGCCUAUAUUCGGAUGCUCCCUUCAGAUGUGGUUACAGGAUACCUGGCUCUAAGGAAAGCAACAAGCAUUGUUUCCUGAAAAGACCAAGUACUGUUGUGUGUCACUCCUGAAUGGUGCUAGGUUUAAGAAUUGUGGGAGAGACUGCUUGCAGGAUUGAGGUUCCUUCAAACUCUCCACUGAUAUUUACAUCUGGAAGUUGUUGAUGACACAUGGAUUUGAAUGAACAUGUGGAUUUAAUUCUGACAAAUACUUAUACUUGUUAUUUUGCCAAUUUGUAAGCAAUUUGGUUUUGGUGGCCAAGAUAACUUAAGGCCUUAAGGACAUGGAUCGGCACCAUAAUGUCCAAGUUAUAUUAAUUUCUUUAGAGACAGGAUUUCAUUCCCACUCUAUAUAUUUUAUGUACUGCUCUGGCUCAGAAGAAUAAACAGCCAGUUAAAGAAAGGAAAACGUUCCAAGACGUCCCAGCUUCCAGACCUGCCUUGCAGAUGUGCUUUCCACUUGACUAUGAAGAAGCUUAUCCCACCUGUAAAAAUCAAGUUAAAAUACCAGGUAAAUGCUGCUGUUGUGAUGAAUGCUUACGGUACUGAGUACCGUGAACAGCUUCUCACAAAUAUUUGCACUGAAGAACAGUCAGCGUACGUAAAGGUGGACUCAAACUCAUUUUAAAUUAUCUUAAUGAGUAUGUAUAAUGGACUCAAGCCACAUCACCAGGCAACUCUUCAUUGUGACACUUUGCAUUUUUUGAGUGCUUCCUUCCACAACUCAACUGUUCUUCUGCCUCUGCUAGUUGGUUCAUUAUUAUUACUAAUUAGUAUAAAAAAAAGUACUUAUUUCCCAGACUUUUUAGGAAAGGAUGCUGUAAGAGCAGGAAUUCCUCUGACCAGUGGCAUUUUGGCACUCAGAUGGUCUUCAGCAAGGAAGGACCUCCUAGAUGAGGGCACUGACCUUUGCACUCUGAAGUACCAGGAGAGUAUGUGAGAGCAACUGAAGGUUGUCUCCCUUUAGAGAAAGGAGAACGAAGGAGAGCUCAGACUCUUGCUGGGGGUUGACAAGUACUUGCUGACAUCAGAAUCAAUCGUGAUUUUCUGAAACUAAGCUUAGUGGGGGGAAGUGGGCUGUGAGAGCAGUCCUCACCUCAUCCAAGCUCCAUCAUGACCUUGUGCAGGUCCCCUCUUUGAGGGCACAAGGAGCACACAGUGGGGACUAGUUAAUGUCUAAACUGCAUCUUGAAUGCACAUUUCUAUAGCAAUGGUAAUUAUUGGAACAGACGUUUUCUCACUGAAAGAAUAAAUCACACGAGUUUAAUCUCAACUCUAAAACAGGAAAAAUCGCUUAACAAUGGGAUGCAUUGUUCAAUGAAUGUGUGUGGGACUCAACUCCUUUUUUUUUGUGAUCUAAUAUUUACAAAAACAAAGUAAUUUGAAAAGUCUUUGACAUGCUUACAAUAGAUCCAUCAAAGAUCUGGAUAUCAGAUAAUGCUACAACUGUAUCACAGAACAAAAAAUAAUAGGACAGGAUAUCUCUCUUCAUGCCAGUAGGCAUCCAAGCCACAUUCUCUUUGCUGAGUUUUGGAAUGGCUAUUUUAACAGAAGAUAAGUUUGUAAGAUAAGCUUAACAUUGAUAUGAAAAGCAAAUGUAGAACUGCUCUAAGAUCACUUUUACUUUAAGUAAACAGACACUACCUUAGACAAUGAGAUUUCACCAGCUUGCUCUCUCCCAGAAAGUAUCUUCAGCAUUCUUUGGGAAUGACUGUUUAGGAGCACAGGCUCCCUCCCUAUCAGAAGUGUUCCAGGCACUCCUGCACUGUAUGCAGAAGUGUUACUUUUCUCAGCUAAUUUCUACUUAACAGUUUUUAUACAUUCUGUUUUCAAAACCUAAGUGCCUUCAUGAAUCAGCACUAGAAAAGUACAUAUGGCUUAGGUUUGGCAAAAACAUUAAUGACUUCUCAGUGCUUUCUAGCCAUGCCAUGGCUACUGGAUUCCCUUCUCAUACCUUGUUUUUUCCUUUGUUUGCUACAGGCCCUUUUUUCUUGGUAUGCAGUACUCCAUUUACUAGGCUGUGCAGUAUUCAAUGAAAGUCAGCCACUGAAAUCACGCAAUUUUACACUGAUCAACAGCAGUUUACUACGUGCAACAGUUAAAACGUUAUUUGUUUUGGCAGGAAACUGAAAACAGAAAAGAUCCAGUAGCCAAUGUGUUGAUCAGUCCAACUAAGCUCUUUUUGGGAACAAUUUUUGGGCUGCCUCUCUCAUUAGUGGCUUCUGUGAGAGAACUGAGCAACAGCAGCGUCGCAGUAUAGAGCAGAAAACAUGGAUAAGUGAAAAGCUACUCUGUGCUGCAGAGUAUUUUUAAAGUAUGUAUUAUUGUCAGCCUCAGGAGAACUGAAGAUGGAGAAGUGCAUUUAUAUUUAAAAGUAAUUCCAGAAAAUAAAUAAAAGAAGCUGAAUUUAAA